CAGGAUCCAAAGCGCGAAAUAGAGAAGGUGCUCCAGUUUCUGGGAAAGGACCUGAAGGAGGAAGUGGUGAAUAAAAUCCUCCAGCAUACCUCCUUCCAGGAGAUGAAGAAGAAUCCUACUGCUAACUAUGAAAUGAUGCCAACCUGGGCUAUGGACCACAGUGUGUCUCCAUUCAUGAGGAAAGGGAUGUCAGGAGACUGGAAGAAUUACUUCACCGUGGCUCAGAAUGAGAUAUUUGAUGCACAUUAUAAAGAGCAGAUGAAAGGCUCGACAUUCAGAUGCCAAAUGGAGAUAUGAAGAAAAGGCUUCCCUAUGUUUCAUCAGACAAAUGCUAGCUGUCUAAAUACUAAAAUAGGUGAACUGCCUGGCCUUAAAUGAGGAUAUUGAUAUAAUAGGCAUCAUGGAAACUUGGUGUAAUGAGGAUAAUCAGUGGACUUGCAAUAAUACGAGGGUACAAAAUAUAUAGGAAUGACAGAGCUGGUGGGGGAGUGGCACUAUAUGUGAAAGACAGCAUAGUCAAGUAAAGUAAAAAUCUAAAAUGAAUUAAACUGAACCAUAGAAUCGCUAUGGAUAGAAAUUUCAUUUUGAAUAAUCAGAGUAUAGCAGUAGGAAUAUGCUACCGACCACCUGACCAGGAAAGUGAUGGUGACUUUGAAGGAGUUUAGAGAGGCUAUGAAGACAGAAAACCCAAUAAUAAUGGGGGAUUUCAACUGUCCUCAUAUUGACUGGGUACAUGUCAUCUCAAAAAGGGAUGCAGAGGUAAAAUUUCUAGACACAUUAAAUGACUGCGUCUUGGUUCAGCUUGUCCUGGAACUCUCAAGGGGAGAGGUAAUUCUUCAUUUUAAUCCUAAGUGGAGCACAGAAUAUGGCCAAGAGGUAAAUAUAGCUGAACAUCUCAGUAAUAGCGACAAUGAUGUAAUUAAAUUUAACAUUCUUGGAGGGGGAGAAAUGCCAAAGAAACCCACCACAAUAGCAUUUAACUUCAAAACAGGUAACUACACAAAAAUGAGGAAGCUAGUUAGACGGCAGUUAAGAGGAACCGUUACAAGAGUGAAAUGCCUGCAAACUGCAUGGAGACUACGUAAAAGCACCAUAACUGAGGCAGUAAAAGGACCAAAAAAAUUCCACCAUGCGUAAGCGGCUGAAUAAAAGAGAUGAUUAGAGGCUAAAAGGUAUCCUUUAAAAAUUGGAAGUUAAGUCCUAGUGAGGAAAAUAGAAAGAAACAUAAAUUCAGGCAAGUC